GUCUCUCGGCGGCAGCGGCGGCGGCGGUGGCUCGCGCAGCUUGUUGGCUCGCUAUAUAAAGGAGAGAAGCGGGCGGACCGGACGGCUGGAGCUGCAGCCGGUGGCGGCAGCAGCGGCGCAGGGAGCGGUGACCGGUGGUGGUUUCCCUCCUUGGUGCGGGGUGGGGAGCGGGCAACGCCCCCGGACCCCUGAAGGGUCGUGGCUUUUUUUUUUUUAAAGGCGAUUCUUGAGGUUUUUAGCUGCGGGAGGUGUGCCCCCCUCCUCCUCCUCUCUGCGCUCUCCCCUACUCCUUCAGGAUUGAUUUUGUUUAAAUUUUUUGCCCCAAUCUUGCGGUGACUUGGGUCACCCUCGGGUGUUUUAGUAUUUUUUUUUUUUUUUGGUUUUGUUUUUAUCUUGUUUUCUUGGGGUUGCCCCCUCUUGUUUGUGUUGUGUGUGGAAAUGGCGAACUCGGCAAAUACAAACACCGUGCCUAAAUUAUACAGAUCUGUGAUUGAAGAUGUCAUUAAUGAUGUGAGAGACAUCUUUCUGGAUGAUGGAGUGGAUGAACAAGUACUGAUGGAACUAAAAACUUUAUGGGAAAAUAAACUAAUGCAGUCCAGGGCAGUAGAUGGAUUUCAUUCAGAAGAGCAGCAGCUUCUACUGCAAGUUCAACAGCAGCAUCAACCCCAGCAGCAGCAGCAUCACCACCAUCACCACCAUCAGCAAGCUCAGCCUCAGCAGGCGGUACCUCAGCAAGCACAGACCCAGCAGGUCCUUAUUCCCGCAUCACAGCAAGCCACAGCACCACAAGUUAUUGUUCCAGAUUCUAAGUUGAUACAGCAUAUGAAUGCGUCAAAUAUGAGUGCUGCUGCUACAGCUGCUACCUUAGCACUCCCUGCAGGUGUGACUCCUGUUCAGCAGAUAUUAACAAAUUCAGGCCAGCUUCUUCAGGUGGUCAGAGCAGCCAAUGGUGCCCAGUAUAUCUUUCAGCCUCAGCAGUCAGUGGUUCUACAACAACAGGUUAUACCACAAAUGCAGCCUGGUGGAGUACAAGCUCCUGUUAUUCAGCAGGUACUGGCUCCUCUUCCUGGAGGGAUUUCACCACAGACAGGUGUCAUCAUUCAGCCUCAGCAAAUCUUAUUUACAGGAAAUAAGACUCAAGUUAUACCUACGACAGUGGCAGCACCUACACCAGCCCAAGCACAGAUAACUGCAACUGGCCAGCAGCAACCACAGGCCCAGCCUGCUCAAACACAAGCUCCAUUGGUCUUACAAGUUGAUGGAACUGGGGAUACGUCAUCUGAAGAAGAUGAAGAUGAAGAAGAAGACUAUGAUGAUGAUGAGGAGGAAGACAAAGAGAAAGAUGGAGCUGAAGAUGGGCAGGUGGAAGAAGAGCCCCUCAAUAGUGAAGAUGAUGUGAGUGAUGAGGAAGGACAGGAACUUUUUGACACAGAAAAUGUCGUUGUAUGCCAAUAUGAUAAGAUACACAGAAGUAAAAACAAAUGGAAAUUUCAUCUCAAGGAUGGCAUUAUGAAUCUUAAUGGAAGAGAUUAUAUAUUUUCCAAAGCCAUUGGGGAUGCAGAAUGGUGAAGAGUUGCUUUUUUUCUUUUAUAAAUAAAAGAAACUUAAAAAAAUUUAAAGUGGACAGUUUGAAACUUGGGCAUAUGCCAACCAAAACUUCAUUUCUGCAUGUCAGAAAAUUGCAGUAGAAGCAAAGCUACUGGAACAAAGAUAGACCUUGACAACAUAGACACUACUUACUGGCAAGCCAUGGAACUGUAGCACCAGGGACUGUUGGGUGGGAGGGUUGGGGUUUUGUGUAGGAAAACCAUAAUUGUUGAUUUUAAAUACAGGUACCUGCCACCGUUAAUUAGCAUGUAAAGCUUUGUCUAUAUUCUUUCCUCCAACUUGGGUUCAGUCAGAAGAUACUUGUUGGAAUGAACUGAAGAAACUUCCCUUUUGAUAGAUUGAACUGAAAUUGCUUAUUGUAUGUGGUUAUGUUUGGUUAAAAGUUGUGUGUGAGCUUUUUACAAAGGGUAAGAAUUAUGGUGUUGAAUUUUAAUUCACUUGUAUAAGAAAAAAAUUUAAAACUCUUAAUAGAUCUUAAAUAUUUUUACUUGCUGUUCUCCCUCAGUGAUAUAUACCUCUUCCUUUCCAGCUUUAUGAAACAUCUAUUUAAGAUUUAAAGGAAGUUAUCAGUGAUCAUAGUUUGGAGAUAAAAUUUGACCCAGGAGUGGAUAUUUUAAUUAGGUUUUCCUAUUUAUUAAAUGUGAUUAAAGACUUGGGUCUUGUUUGAGUUGAGUGGAAUUGAAAUGACAACUUUAAUUUCCUUACCAAAAAAAUUGUUUUAGUGCCACACCUUAAAAAGAAACCCCAGACUAGGUCCUCAGGAAUAUAGUUUUAUUUUGCAAGCGUAUAUUCUAGCUGAAAUUGUAUACACAUGAAUAUACGUAGACUUUUCCUGUUGGGCUGAAGUGUGUUCUUAUAAAUGUGUUUAGUCUUUAAACUAAACAUUCAGAUAACAGUCUGUGCAUUGAUGAAAGUAUAGGGCAGGUGGUGAGGACCUGGAUUUUUAUUAAACAAUUUAGUAAUUAUAAAAGUUUCUUGUGUUUACUAGUAAAGAAUUUUAAAAAACUAUUAUUCUAAUUCAACAAGUUUUUAAAAUCAACUUUGUAAUUUGAGGGGAAAUUUGGGGGGAAGAGGUGAGUGGGCCUUAAGUUACCUCUUUUUUAUCUGAUGGUCCUUCCAGGCCAUUGAGAAAAUAAAGACGUUGGCUCCAGUUUGCACAUUGGGAAGAAAGCAUAGAAAUUUGACUUGUAUAUUAAAAAUAAUAGAAAUGUAAUAUGUAUAUUAAGAAUGCGUAGGUCUGUAUUCUGUAGGAGGAUCUGAAGAACAGUGUGGCACUGCUGUGUUCAGUGUGAUUCGCUGCCUGGGAGAACUGCAGGAAUGCUUGUCUUCACCAUUGUGUUCUUAUAACGAAUUCAACUUUCCAUGGUUUAUCUUGACAAAAAUUUACAUGUGUUUAGAUUACUUGUAUAUUGAUAUAUUUUUUUAGUCUUCAAUUUUUGUCUUCCUUUUGCCUUUGUGUUUUCAGAAGUAACUCAUCAACACUUUUUAAAGUACAUUAACAAAGAAGAAACUGUGAGCUGUUAAAUAGUGUUUCUUUUUUAACACAGAUCUUUAAACUUUAAAAAAGGCAAAAAUUGUUUUUCUACUUCCCACCCAGCUUAACCACCUUGGUCUCUUUAACUUAUGUUCUAAACUUUGAUGUAAAUGGUGGUGUCUAGCAUGCUAGUAGUUAGAUUUUAUUUAGGUACCAUAAAUGGUAAUACAGUUUUUAUUUUCACUAUAUUAAUUUAGUUUUUUGAGGGGAAGUUUAUUCUGUGACUCUUAAAGCACACAGAGGUUUUAAAAUAUAUAUUAUUAUUAAUAAGACUGAGAGAAGAGGAAAUGGGAGGGAGUAACAUCACAGAAGUCCUGUUGUUCAUCAACUGUUCUUCAAUACAGUAGCUAGUAGGUUUGUAUUUACUCAAUAAAGAAGUUGGUGACUGAACUACCUAUAAAAAUUCAGCAGUGCUGCAGUGUUGCUUAAGUGAAACCCUUUGGCUAUCUAGUAGUUUUUAUGCUACUGAAACUUGGAUUACUGUAUGAUACUCAGCUCUUCUUGGGGCCUCUAUGUAGACAAACAUUCAUAUUCAUAGUAGCAUUGUAUACUAGCCUGUUUUUAUAACUUUAUUUUUCAAACAUGAACAACCACUGCUUUCAUAGUGGUUAUUUUGUUAUUUUUGAAGCAGGAAAUAACCAUUUGUAUUUGCACCUGUAUAUUGCAUAUUAAUUAUGGUAUACUUGGCAGAUGCUUUUCUUUUACCUGUGAAAAUUCUGAAAGCUGGUCCAAGCUACAUUGUGUACCAAAUUGUGCUCUUAUAUAUUAUUUGCAUCGUGUUCCUUUUUAAUCAAAUAGCAUGUUUUAGUUUUAUUAUAGUAGCUUUUGCUGUAAGAAUGUCACUUGCUUAUCUUUUACUGUACUUGAAUUCUUAAUCAUGCUUUUAACAUUAUAUUUAACAAAUCAUUUCAUAUUAAGUUCCAUUAAAAUGUCAUUCCUUUGAAAAGGCAAGGGAUUCCCACUUUCAGAAUUUAAAAAUGAAAGUAGCAUGUGUAUCUAAAGGCAGAAAAUAGUUUGGACUUGGUAUUAUGAAAAUAAGUAAUGGUUUCUGGAGAUGAUUUGUUUACAUUUGCACAGAUGGUGAUGGCACCUUUUACUUAAAAAACAUUAAUCAACAGUGCUAAGGAAAAUUUACACAAAAUUACAAGAUAAAACAUAGAAAUGUGUGCCUUUCAGUAUACAAACUCUUGCUUGGUGGUCAUUUAGGUAAUCAGACCAUUUGAAUGCCUGAGAGCCUAUUUAAUUUCCGUGGAGUGCCACAUAUGGCUAAAACAACUCUUUGAUGUGCAAUUAAUUUCUAGAGUAAAAUGUCUGUUAUAUGAGGGGGAUCUUUUUAUUGGGCUUUUGUAUUUUUUAAAUGUUCACAUUUCUUUCUGUUAGUUAAAAUGCCAUCAUAAUGUCACAUUUACACUGUUGCCUCUUUUAAAAGCAAACCCAGUCUGUUAUUCUAAGAUUACAUCAAGACUUUUGCAGUGUGUACUAAUUAAAUUGUGUUCUUGAUGAGCUUAAUAGAUUCUGGUUUUAGAAAAUAAGAUACAGCUUUUAUAUGAAUAUUUUCUUUUGCUAUCAUGAAAAUCAAACAUUUUUUUUUUCCUGGCUUUUAUGGAGGAAUGAAAAGAGUUGUCUCCCUCUAAGAGUAAUUUUUGAUUCUCAUAGCAAUAAUGUCACCAUUAUUAUCAGAGGGUAAAUAUGCCUUGUAUAGGAAAACAGACGUAGUUUCCUCUUGGGCGUUCUCUUUAUGACUUAGCAUUUCUUCCACUUGAGAAAAUACCUGUAUUUUCAGAUUUUUUCAUCUUGAAUUCUUUUUUUGAGCUUUUGUGCAAUGCCAUAGUUUAUUGAUCCAUCUUUGUACAUUUUCAUUUUAUUUCAUGUCUUUCACCUGCCUGUCAGACUCAGCUAUAGCAGAUUUUGAAUUCUUUGGUUAAAAAAAAUAGUUGCUUUAUUUGUUUUCUCAUGAGUUUAUGUUAAAUAGUUUUGCAUUUUAGUCCUCUAUUAUGCUAUGAAAUUAUUAUGAAGUUUAUAUUCUUCCCUUUUUAAGCUUGCCUUACUGUGUCUUGUCAUUGUCUAUGGUUUAAUGAAGAACACACCAAACUAACAUUUUUGUUUAUUUUGAGGAACAAAAAAACAUUUUCUCUUUUAAGGGAAGAACCAUAUUGAAUUAGUAACUACUCUUUCAGUCAAAGUUCCAUAAUCAGUCCAGUCUGCAUCAGGGCUAUGAUUUGCGGGGGAGGGGGUGGGGGGGCAGGGCUAAUCCUUUUUGCUGUUCUGAGCUACUAUUGUCAACUGCUGUUGUACAUACUGUUAUGUGUAAUGGCGUAAAUAUAUUUAUUAUGUUUGUAAAAUUCAUUGCAGAUCAAGGUUGCUCUUCUGUGAUAUAUGGGAUAUUAUGUUUUAAAGACCAUCUUGGAAUACAAUUAGAGAACUUAGUAUUUUGAUGUACUAAGACCUAUUUUAAGUUUAAUAUUCUACCUUUGCAAAAACUUUAAUUAAAGAUGUUAUUUAAAAAAAUAAUGUUGCUUGCUUUGCUUACUAGUAUAUGGCAUUGUUACAGAUAAUUGAAUAAAAUACAAUGUAGAAAGGAAAA